AUGACGCAACGCCGAAUGUACAGCGCAGAAUCGUCGCCAUCAAUCGACGCAUACAUUCGCGACAUGCUCAGGCCGGGGCCAGGAGGAGCUACGAAGCCGGCGCCGAAGCAGAUCAGUAUAGUGACGGGCAAGGCGCCGCCAAGCGACGCAACGCUCUUCGCGGCGUCCAUCGACGAGCUAAUUGACCACCUACAUACGCUGCGCGGCCGGGAAAAGCCAUGGAAAUACACGACAUCACCUGUGGAGCGUCACAAGCGCAUUGUGCACAUUGUCAGGCACCUGGUUGUGCAGCGCCGGCAGCGCCUGACGGCCUUUCUCUACGAAUGCGUGGUGGACACCAUGGGCGAUCCGGACAGCAGCGGCCUAUCGCUCGUCCACCUCAUGAAAGACAUGGCGCAGCAGGGCAUCGAGCCGACGCAGGCAUUCUACAGCGGAGCGCUCGAGUCCCUCAUGGUGCACCCCAACUACGUGGCCCUGCUCGAGAUUCUAGAGCACACGCGCGCGCGCGACUGGCCCGAGAGCAGGCAGACCAUCGCGGUUGCCUUACUCCGUGACGAGCAGUACGAGCUGGCCUACGACACGCUCAUGGAGCUGCACACCAGCAAUACCCGGGUCGACCCGUGGAUCUACGACAUCUUUGUGUUUGCGCUUGGCAGGAUGGGCUUCGUGGAUGAAAUGACGGAAAUCUUGGCGGCACGGCUGUCCCUAGCCUCUACGCAGGGCCUGGGCGCGCUGCAAUUCUUUGCCCUGGACGUCUGCAGCGCUGCGUUCCACUACCCCGGCACAGUCGCCGGAUGGAACACGCUGGUUCGCAACGGCAAGGUGAAUCCCUCGGACGGCAUCUUGGAAAACGUGAUUAACACGGCCGCGCGACAAGCCGACACGGCACUCGCCAGCGAGGCGCUCGACAUGCUGGCGCAGCGGACCCGUGUGCAGGACUACCACUACGACAGCGUCAUCGACGCCUUCAUCCUGGGCGACGACCUGGCCUCGGCCACGCGCCUGCACUGCAUCAUGCACACCAGCGGCAUCCCCGUCACCAAGGCCGCAGCGAAGCGCCUCGUUGCCGCGGCCGCGCACCGCGGCCGCGAGCUCAACGCGUGGCUGCGCAGCGCGUCCGACGAGGAGAGCCUGCUCGCGCCGCCGCGCCUCGUCAACGCCGCCAUCAACAGGCACGUGCUCGAGGCCGACGCGGACCUCGCCAUGGAGCUCUACGCCCGAUAUGAGCAGCUGUGCGGCGAGAAGUGGCCGCCGCUCGAGGUGCUGCUGCAGCUGCUUCCGCACUGCGACGGCGAGAGCAGCACGGUGGCCGAGAUGAGCGACCGCCUGCUCGAGGAGCUGGCGGCGCAGGAGCGUGAGGAGUCGCGGCAGAUGGUCGCGCAGAAGCUCCAGGUGGCGAUUGAGCGUCUGAUGCUGGAUGGCAGGACGGCGGAGGAGGGCCGUCGCUUCGAGGAGAAGCUCGGCGCGAUGCUGCAGCGGCCCCAACUUGAAGAGGGCCCCUAG